UUGGGAUUCAAUGAAAGACUUGCAUCAGUUCCCGGACGACGAGGUGAUCGCACCCGUCAUUGACGUGUAUAUCCGGGAAUCCGAACGAAUAUAUGGCCCGAAAUGGUGUCAAUUGGCCGGUAAUUCGGCGGAUCAGAUGCUCAAAGAGCUCAAGAGAUUUGUUUUAGUCAACGCCUUGUUUACGAUAUUCACAAGUUUGAGGUGCGAUGAGAAACUGCAGCAAACCCUACCCUUGGAUCCCAAAUUGAUUAUGACUAGGACCGAUCGGGAGAUCCCUAAUAAGGCAGCGGGAAAUAGGAUUGCCUUGACGGCCAAUAAAGUAAGUGAUUCAGUGACAACUCAGCGCAUAAAUCUCGUGCCACUAAUUGCCACAUCAAUCGCGCGUUAA